AUGCUUUAUAUUACUGCUAAUCCCAAAGACAUCAACAUUUUGCCCGAAUAUGACAAAGAUCCACGUGUCGUUCAGAACCUCAUUGAUGGAGUCAACCGUACCAGAGAUGACGUCCACAUGUGGCUGACACCAUUCACGACUGGAAGGAAUCAUUGCAUCACCAUGACAUUUGCUCAACCAUACAGCAUUGCACUUAUUCGCAUUUGGAAUUACAACAAAUCCCGCAUCCAUUCUUUUCGAGGAGCUCGAGAUGUUGAUAUCACGUUGGAUGGUAAACUCAUCUUCAGGGGAGAAAUUGCUCGAGCUUGUGGUGGCAUUGAAGGAGGUACUGAGGCUUUUGGUGAUACGAUCCUGUUUAGUGUGGAAGAGGAAAUCCUGGAAGCCGUCUCUCGGAAUGAUGAAGCCUAUGAAGGUGAUGCCCUUGAGGACAUUAGCUGGGAAGAGAAUCUGGAUAUUCAUCGGCCAAACACUGCUACAAUUGCUGACGAUCAUGAUGAUGGGGAUCGACCUUUCACCCGAGCAUGUGGCAUUAUUAAUGAAGUAGAAGAGCAGCAGCAUCAGUUAUCUGCCCUUGACCUUAUGAACUCUGUGGACAAAGAAGUGUCACUUCUGAAAGGAAAACAUUUGAAAUUAAAUUUUAUGCAAACUUGGGGUGAUCUGCAUUAUUUGGGCCUGACAGGUUUGGAGGUGUUUGGUAUUGAUGGUCAAAGUAUUCCCCUGCAUGUAAACAUGAUCACUGCUGACCCCCAGGAUCUCCAUUCUCUAUCUGGUCAUGAGAGAGAUGAUCGCACACUGGACAAAUUAAUUGAUGGCACAAAUGUGACAAUAUCUGAUGAACACAUGUGGUUGGUGCCAUUUACGUCUGGUCAACAGCAUUUGGUAAACAUUGAAUUUCCACAGCCUAUCACAAUAUCGGGUAUUCGCAUUUGGAAUUACAACAAGAAUGUCGACGAUACUUACAGAGGAGCCAAAAUUGUCCAUGUUGAGAUUGAUGGACGGGUCAUUUCUCCUACAGAUGGCUACUUAUUGCGAAAAGGCUUAGGAAACUGUCAUUUUGACUUCUGCCAAGAGAUCUCAUUUAUGCCGACUGACCACAUGUCUCCACGCCACAAGAAUCUCAACUCUGCAAGGUCAAUCUCGACUGAUCAACCAAAUUUGUGUUAUGAAACAGUUCCUAUGCCUUCAGGAUUCAUCUACCAGUUGCAAUUAUUCAGUACCUGGGGUGAUCCUUACUACAUUGGACUCAAUGGACUGCAGUUUUAUGAUUCAUCAUUCAACCAGAUUUUGCUGGAGGAAAACAAUAUUGCAGCCUAUCCAGACAGUGUGAAUGUUCUCAACCCCAACCAACAAACAGAUGUUCGCACACCUGAUAAACUUAUUGAUGGCAUCAAUGAUACCAAUGAUGGUGCUCACAUGUGGCUGGCUCCAGUUCUUCCAUCAAUUGUAAAUAAAGUUUAUGUGAUAUUUGAUCAACCCACAACAGUAUCCAUGAUAAAAAUCUGGAAUUACAACAAGACACCAUCCAGGGCCACAAAAGAUUUUGCUUUGUUAGUUGAUGAACUUUUGGUAUGCAAUGGAACCCUCCCUGCAGUAAGCACUGCCUCUCGGGGGAUCUUACCAACUUGCGACAUACCACAACCCUACCACACUAUUUUGUUUAGUGGGGAUCAGGAUAUUCUGCAAAAGGAGAAACACACCAUUAUAAGUGUUGAUGCCUUUGCUAAGAUCGUCUCUAAGUGGUCUUUCCUUUCCAGCCAUAGCCACCUGACCAUUCUGAUUUCUUUGUUCAUUCCAUUUCUGUUCCACCUAAUCACAUCCUUUCUUACUUUAACUCUGUCUCCUUAA